GUCCAUUGUACAGAGUGGAGGAAACCCUGUGCCGCUGCAGCCGCCAUCUUGGAUAGGCAGAUCCUGCUCGAGCCGCCAGGAUAACCCGCUCAACAUCUCCUCGGAAUUGCUCCGCUUUCCCCGUCUCAAGGCUUCGUUCCCGAGCCACAAUGGCCACCGCACCGUACAACUAUUCCUACAUUUUCAAAUACAUCAUAAUCGGGGACAUGGGGGUAGGCAAGUCAUGUUUGCUGCACCAAUUCACAGAAAAGAAAUUCAUGGCAGACUGCCCCCACACGAUCGGCGUGGAGUUCGGCACGAGGAUAAUCGAGGUGAGCGGCCAGAAGAUCAAGCUGCAGAUCUGGGACACGGCCGGGCAGGAGCGCUUCAGGGCCGUGACCCGCUCGUACUACCGCGGCGCGGCGGGGGCGCUGAUGGUGUACGACAUCACCAGGAGAAGCACGUACAAUCAUCUCAGCAGCUGGUUGACCGAUGCCAGAAACCUCACCAAUCCCAAUACGGUGAUCAUUCUGAUCGGAAACAAAGCGGACCUGGAGGCCCAGAGAGACGUCACGUACGAGGAAGCCAAACAGUUUGCCGAGGAGAACGGUCUGCUCUUCUUGGAAGCUAGCGCAAAAACCGGGGAAAACGUGGAGGACGCCUUCCUGGAGGCGGCCAAGAAGAUCUACCAGAACAUCCAAGACGGCAGCCUGGACCUGAACGCGGCCGAGUCGGGCGUCCAGCACAAGCCGUCGGCCCCCCAGGGCGGGCGUCUAACCAGCGAACCACAACCUCAGAGGGAAGGCUGCGGAUGCUAAUGACCAAGCGACCCCUAAAAAAAAAAAAAAAAAUUCCAGCCAAGACCACCGUACCCCCCCCCCUUUACCCCAUUCCCGGAGGAGUGAAGGUGAAACAUGGACUCCCUCUUCCUCCUGUCUUACCCUCCAUCUUGUUUUUCUUCCCUUUUCUGGCUCCAUCUCGCCACCUUGCAUUCAUUUCACGAGUGUCACUUCAAUUGUUUUUUUUUUUUUUUUUUAAUGUUUGCUUUUAUAGCGCUAUGAAUUCCACCUAAUUCCCCCCCCCCAGUCUUCUUCCUGCAUCGCCUACCAAUCGAGGGGCGAGAUUUGCCGACUCGGGUACAACGAAGGCACGGACGGCAUUUUAGGCGUCCCGUGGCGUGGCUGGUACUGGUAUUCCGUUUCGCAUCGCUAGCGCUCCCCCCCCCCCCUGCCCCCGGUUCGGGUCACAGGCGGGCCGGAGCCGAACCCCGGCUGACUUUCGGGUGCGGGAAAAGCGGGGCAAACCCCGGACCGGCCGGCGGCCGAUCGCGGGGCGCAAACAGACAAAACGUGCAUGCACGUCGACACCUACAGACAAUUUUUGCGCUUUUUUCGCUACCCUGUCUAAUAAACGUCACAAAGUCCAAACGGUCGCAGCCUCAUAUCACAAAUAUUUGUCUGAUGCCUUAUUAGUCUUUGCUCCCAAAUCUGACAGCUGUUUUUUGUUUUUUUUUGUCUGGUCGUCAAAAUGGCUGCCUUGUAUAAUAGCCCAAGCAGCAGCAUGCUCCCCCCCAAGAUGUCCAUAAAUGGCUGAAAAAUUGCCCCCUAUUUUAUUUUGUGUACUAUAGUGACUGCUGAUUGGAUGGUUGUGUGUGCGUGUAUAUAACUAUAAAUCUGGCUUAAAUGUGUGCUGGUGUCCCGGCUAGGUGGGAUCCGGACAUUGUACAGUUUGUGUUAGUUGUGGGUUGCCUGUAUUUCAAUGCUUGGGGUGGGGGGGUUCUGUAAUAUAGUUUCUAUUAAUAAAUGUAUGGAAAGAAACAAACAUCUACUUAAUCCCACCUUCCAUUCGCACACUACUGAACUUUGCCAGAUUUCGGAUCACGUGCAGAACUUGUUUUGAGUUCUGCAUUGCUGUCUUGACUUUUUUUUUGUUUUCUAAAGGGGGGGGUCUUUAUUUCCCAUUUGCCGUACGAGUGACCACUUUCUGCUUUUGUCUGUCCCACAACCAGUUAAAAAAAAAAACGUACAUAUGUAUAAAUUUUUAACAGGAGCUGUGCUAACGUUUAAAAGCAUUUUUUGCGUGUAUAUGAUUUUAAAAAAAAUUUGAUUUUAAUGACAAAAAGACUAGAGACAAAAAAAAUAAAUUAUACAUAACCUGUGCACAUAU